AAUAAAUUGUAUCCGUCAUUAUCUACUGUCAUUCCUGUUGAAUAUAAAUAUGAUUAUAGAAGGAUUAUACUUUAUUAUUUGACUAGGAAUCACAACGAAGUCAUUCGCUGAACCCUUAAUUUAAUUAAUUGACUAUUUCUAAUAUUCAGCAGAAAUGCAAUGCAAUCAAAUUAUAGAAAACGUUUCAGAGGAAAGUAUUUCCCUAGUCAAAUUAGUAGAUUUUGGGGGUGUUCCUGUAGACACAGCUAAUGAAAAGUUUGUUUCAGUUGAAAACACAUCUGAGAAAAGUCUCACAUAUAGGGUGUCAAAUAUUUAUAUACUUAACAGUGUAGACCGUGUGUUUACCUUGUCGAUCAACGAAACCUAUGUGAAACCGGGUGAUGUCGUCACAAUUAGAAUCGUUUUUAAACCUAACAUAGUUGGUCAGUCGUUCACUGAAUAUUAUAUUAUUGAUGACACCGGUGGCAAUACUUACAGACUCACUGUAACUGGAAAAUGCUAUGGGCCCCGAGUAUCUUUAGAUAAAAGAAAAUUAAUUUUUCGUAUAUGCAAAAACGUAACAGAACAAAGGAAAGAAGUAAUAAAUAUUGUGAACAAAUCUUCUGUCGAUACAACAUACCAGUGGUAUAUACCAUUUUCUGGCCAAGGGUACUUUCAGAUUUCGACAGGUAACUGCGGCCUUAUCAGAGCAUUUGAGACAAUCACCACCACAGUAAUUUUCACGGGUGUUGCUCUUGGCGUAUAUACUGCGGAACUAGUUUGCUUAGUCCUUAAUCAGGACCCUCUGUUCCUGAAUGUGUUUGGCACGAUUAUACUACCAGGAAAUCCAUUAUUCAAUAUUCAUGAACAUGAUUUCGAGAAGAAUUGGAAACGAAAAUCUCGUUAUGUACAUUUAAUGGAGAAUAGCCUCAAUCGUUUGAACUAUAUUCCGCCAGCGUCGGUGUUUGAAAGAUACCUUGACUUUGGCAUGGGCAGUAUUACUGAUGUCACCAGAAACGUGUCUCAAACAUUAUGUGUUACUAAUCACGAACAAGAAGAGGGCUACAUACAAUGGAUGCCAGAUCCCGAUAAUAUAUUUCUAGUGGAUCCUAUAGCUUCAGUGAUACCUCCAAAUGAGUCGAGACUGUUUACUGUUCGAUUCAGGCCAAAGAUUGAAAAUGAAGUGUACGGUUACUUGAUGUGUGGUGAUUAUCAGCGCAAGAAAUAUGAGGAGGGCGGUAGUGAUUUCAAGUUGAAGCACACUUGGUUCCGCAUACCGUGUACCGGCAACACGUGGACGCCUUGCACUGAGUGGAUGACUGAAUGGGAUGCUCCAAUCGAGGUUAUAUUGCCACCAACGGUGCCUACAAGGACAACGUUCGCAAACUUCAUGUUAUCAAACAAAUUUGAAAUCCCUAUGCAUUUCAAGUUUGAUCCUCCGUACGGAACGAAUUUUGUUGUGAUGCCUGUAUGCGGCAUCGUACAAGGCCGCGGAUGGCAGAUCAUUUCAGUAGCUUUGGAACCGAAAUGUUUUGGAGAUUACUGCGAAGCUUGGGACCUUAUAAUAAAUAAAGUACAAAAAGCGUGCAUAAGCUUCACUGGGAACGCCGAGAUGAGUCAAAUAGAGGUGAUGUCCCAUGGCUAUCACCCGGCCACGCAUGCGAUGUUGGAGUUCCCGCCAACCAUCACAGGAUGCACCAACUACUGUACUUCCUACCUCCACAACCUCACUAGGAUGGAGAUACAUAUACGAGUUUUAAGCAGCGCUGACUGGCUGGGUGCAGACGCCUGUGGAUCUAUAGUGAUAGCACCUAAAGAGAUCGUCCAUUAUCAUUGGUGGUUCUUUCCUAAAAUACAUAAUAAAGUCUACGAGACCACAAUAACAUUAUCCUGUGUGUGCCUUAUUAACGGCAGAGCCGUUGGAGAACCAACAGAAGUGUACAUAGCUAUAUCAGGCUUUUCCGAACUUCCUGACUUGAGAGUCUUGCCCAAACUGAAUAAUCUUCACGAUAUCGUUGUCGGUGAAAGUCUCACGUUUCCUAUAACUCUGUAUAACUAUGGAUCGUGUUUCUUCACAUCUAAGUUGUACCAUAUUAUAAGUGGCAUGGGCGAUGACCAUAGCGGCGAUCGGCUCGACAUUGAUUCUUCUGUUAACAGCCUGAAACCAUCAAAUCACUGCGAAGUAAGAAUGACGGUUACUCCUGAUGGAGCUGGGUCACGACAGGUCUACAUCAAGUACACGGUGCUGUUUCGGACAGAAUUCGAUGAAAUUCAGGAGAUUCAGCCCAUUAACAAGACCAUCUGUAUCAUAUGGUAUGACGGUAUAUAUCCUACGAUCAAGGUGAAGCGGACUAUAUCAGUAAAAAGCCCAGUCAUUUUAAGCAACCACUGCGUCUGGAACAUUGUCAAUGUGGAAGAAUUAAACAAGGCCUUUGUGGACUGUCGGCCGAACAAUCCCCUUAGCGUGACUCUCUUCGCUCCUGACUUGUGCGUGCGAACUGGUUUUGUCGAUCUCAUAUUCGUGAUGGGCUGUGUGUACCAGGCGACGGUGCCGUGGAACCUCCGAAGGGAAAAGAUCUGCGAUUGUGAAAUGGUGGAAGUCAAAGUUGGAACUUCAUUGUACGAAAUGAGACAUACUUGUGUUCAUCGGCCUUUGGUUGAACUAUAUCCUCUAAGUGGGAUCGUUUCGCCAGAAAACCCAAACCUCCUGUUCUUUAGGUUCCUUUACUCUGAUGAAGGAGUUAACACACUAUGCUAUGUCAUGACAAUGCCGAACCAAAGAAUGAUAUAUAUUUACAUAAUGAUCCAUACUUUUUUAAACACUAGAGGUUUAUUGACGCCAUUGCGUCGCCCAGCCAAUACUGAAUAUUUGUCUGUAUUAGACUGCGGAAGGGUUCCUAUUAAUAAUCUGGAUCCCGUUAUAAGGAUCGUCUGGCUAUACAAUCCUACGGACGUAUUCACAACAUGGCGCUUGCUACGAGGCAACACCAUAACUCCUGACUCUGUCAUACGUUGUCUGCUCUUCUUUGCGGAAGUACCGCCGCUAGGCAAGCUGGCCAUUCCAUUUGCGUUUAUGCCAACGGAAAUGAUUGAUUACGAGGUUACGUUCUACUCGUCCUAUGGGUAUGACACAGUGAAGCUCUUAAUCAAGGGUCAAGGCGGUCUACCUAACUGUAUAGAAAAUAGGCUCGAUAUGCCGUUAUACGUCGAGAGGGUCAUUCGAGAAGCCUUCAGGACAGAUGUGGUCUAUUUAUCAAAGGAGCACGUCACUGUUCCAAUAAUGCCAACCCAUUCGUUAUCAAGAGACUUAAUAAGUAUUUGCAACGACACCGAACACGUAUUGAGAUUUAUUUGGUUGCCGGAAAGAAUAGCAAACAUACUUAAUAUAGUCAUGACUCCUUGUUGGGGGGUGAUUCAACCAAAAAGCGCAGAAUGGAUAACAAUGACUGUUUACUCACUGCAAGAACCUGCUACUUUCACGACAACAGUAGCUUGCGAAAUUUUGGAUUUGACCCACCGAAAACAAUUUCAACACAACGAAUUGCUAAGGCGAAAUAAGAUUGAGAAGUGCAACCAAGAAUUCGUUAUAACAGAAGAAGGAAUGUUCCAUCCGGACAUCAACGACGAACCUCCUUAUGUCGAAGAAAUGGAAAAACCUCAUCCGACUUAUUUAGCAAUGACGGUCUCGGUAUCAUCGAAGGGACAACGUGACGGCUACCCAAGGAUGCUUCUGAGACAGAUGUGGGAACAGCCUCCACCAUAUGACUUGUUAUCAUCAGAAUUCACAGAAUACGAUACGGAACGAUCCCCGACAGGGAAUAACAUGACAAUUUCGGAUAUGAUUAGAAUUAUAGAUGGAAUUUUAUGGGACGCAAUGCACAGCAAAAUGUUCCGUAAUCAAAUAGAGUUUUACUCUAAGGAAGAAAUACCUACCUUCAGGCAGCUCAUGAAAGUUGUCAACCGUGACACGAAACAACGACUAAGCCGAAGGGUCACCUCUGGCAUUUGCGACGCCCUUGUGAACAAGGCUGUUUUCCAUACUUACGGCCUCAAUGCUAAACAUUCCGAUCCAACUGCGAUACUCGAAGCUGAGUAGCUUAAUAUUUGUUA